AUGAACUCGAUAUUAUCGCGGGCGAACUCACUGUUCGCUUUCUCACUGAGCGUGAUGGCGGCGCUCACCUUGGGCUGCUUCAUCACCACAGCAUUCAAAGACAGGAGCGCCCCGGUGCGUUUGCACGUUUCGCGGAUCCUGCUGAAAAACGUAGAAGACUUCACUGGACCCAGAAAAAGAAGUGAUCUGGGAUUCAUUACAUUUCAUAUCACUGCGGAUCUGGAGAAUACUUUCGAUUGGAAUGUUAAGCAGCUGUUUGUUUAUUUAUCAGCGGAAUAUUCAACAAAAAAUAAUGCUGUGAAUCAAGUGGUCCUUUGGGACAAGAUUGUUCUGAGAGGUGAUAAUCCGAAGCUGCUAUUGAAAGACAUGAAGACAAAAUAUUUUUUCUUUGAUGAUGGAAAUGGUCUCAAGGGAAACAGGAAUGUCACUUUGACCUUAUCUUGGAACGUUGUACCAAAUGCUGGAAUUCUGCCUCUUGUGACAGGAACAGGACGUGUAUCUGUCCCAUUUCCAGAUGCAUAUGAAAUAACCAAGAGUUAUUAA